AGGGCAGAGCGGCGGGGGCGGGAGCGCACGGUCGCCGAGACGCGGGGAAGCCGGACUCCCUGUCCGCACUUCAGGGAGUUUGGGAAGUCUGCGCGCUGCUUCCCGGGACGGGAUGGGAUGGGAUGAGAUGGGGCGGCUGCCGCGGAGCGCAAGCAGCGCCCCGCUGGUGCUGCCCCGAGCGGAGCGAGCGGGUGGGCAGCUCCCGGCGGAGCCACCGCGGAGUCCCCGCGCCCACGGCGGGCUGGACGGCUCCAGCCUCAGCGUAACCCGGCGGCACCCGGCGGUGACAGCUCGGCGGCGCGCUGCCCCGCCAUCCUCUCUCCCCGCCGCCCCCAAAACUUCUCGCUAAGUUUCGCGGCGGCGGCCGUGCCUCCCAGCGAGCCGGGAGCAGCCGGCGGUGGCCGCGGAGCGGUGCGCCGAGCGGUGCGCGGCCGCUUUCCCCGUGAGACACCCCGGGUGCCGGGCUGCUGCCGGCCCUUACGUCAUGCUGCGGGCCGGUGCGGGGCUGAUGCUCCGCUUCUGAUGCCCUCGGGUGCGGGGAGGGGGCGAGUGUUGACAAGGUCCCCUCUCUGCAGCCUUCCUCUCCCUUAACAGCCCCUCUACUCCGCUGAUCAUUCCCCCCGGCCCCAGCUCCGCGUCCCCCCGCUACUGUCCUCUCUUACAGGGGUCUCUCUCUCCCCAGCGAAGUUUUCAGGACGAUAAGAGCUGCAGGAGUGUAAGGGGAAUACUUGCUAAACUCUGCCUCCUCUAUUAUUUAUGUCCGAGCAUGAUUUAUGAGGAAUCAAAGAUGAACUUGGAGCAGGAGAGGCCUUUUGUCUGCAGUGCCCCAGGCUGCUCACAGCGUUUUCCAACAGAGGAUCAUCUGAUGAUUCACAGGCACAAACAUGAAAUGACUUUGAAGUUUCCUUCAAUAAAAACAGAUAAUAUGUUAUCAGAUCAGACUCCCACACCAACACGCUUUCUGAAGAACUGUGAGGAAGUCGGCCUCUUCAACGACAUCGACUGCUCCCUGGAGCACGAGUUCAGGAAGGCACAAGAAGAAGAGAACAACAAAAGGAAUAUCUCCAUGCAUAACACAGUUGGAGGAGCAAUGGCAGGACCUGGAUCCCACCAGCUGACAAACACAAGGAUGCCAAACCACGACACCAGCGUUGUGAUUCAACAAGCCAUGCCGUCUCCACAGUCCAGUUCUGUCAUUACACAAGCACCUUCCACAAAUCGGCAGAUUGGGCCUGUCCCAGGUUCUCUGUCUUCACUACUGCACCUACACAACCGACAAAGACAGCCUAUGCCUGCCUCUAUGCCCGGCACCCUGCCCAACCCCACCAUGCCAGGAUCUUCUGCUGUACUCAUGCCUAUGGAGCGACAAAUGUCAAUGAACUCCAACAUCAUGGGGAUGCAAGGGCCGAACCUCAAUAAUCCAUGUGCUUCACCUCAAGUUCCCCCAAUGCAUUCAGAAGCCAAAAUGAGAUUGAAGGCAGCACUGACUCAUCAUCCUGCCGCCAUGUCGAAUGGGAAUAUGAACACCAUGGGCCACAUGAUGGAAAUGAUGAGCUCGCGACAGGACCAGACACCACACCAUCAUAUGCACUCACAUCCUCAUCAGCACCAGACACUGCCACCUCAUCAUUCAUACCCACAUCAGCACCAGCAUCCGGCACACCAUCCUCAUCCUCAGCCUCAUCACCAGCAGAACCAUCCCCACCACCACUCCCACUCGCACCUUCACACACACCCGGCACACCACCAGACCUCACCGCACCCACCGCUGCACUCGGGCGGACAAGCACAGGUUUCGCCGGCGGCACAGCAGAUGCAGCCCACGCAGACGGUACAGCCACCACAGCCGACUGGAGGUCGCCGGAGGAGGGUGGUGGAUGAAGACCCAGAUGAGAGGAGGCGGAAAUUUCUGGAAAGAAACCGAGCUGCUGCCACGCGCUGCAGACAGAAGAGGAAGGUCUGGGUGAUGUCACUGGAAAAGAAAGCAGAAGAGCUCACCCAGACAAACAUGCAGCUUCAGAACGAGGUUUCCAUGCUGAAAAAUGAGGUAGCACAGCUGAAACAGUUAUUGUUAACACAUAAAGACUGUCCGAUAACAGCUAUGCAGAAAGAAUCACAAGGAUAUCUAAGUCCCGAGAGCAGUCCUCCUGCAAGCCCGGUCCCAGCUUGUUCUCAGCAGCAAGUCAUCCAGCACAACACCAUAACGACCUCUUCUUCUGUCAGUGACGUCGUGGGAAGCUCCACUCUCACCCAGCUUGCCAGCCACAGAACAGACAUCAACCCCAUCCUUUGAAAGUGGUUGAUCAGAAACUGCUGGGGGAGUGUGGGCAGUGAUCCUGCAGCCUUUCCUCAAGCUGCUGGUCCAACCACGCACUGGAGGCUACCUGAGCAAGGGCUGUGGGAGAAGCCCCAGCCCUCUGUCUCCAGGAUGUCCCUCUGCAAUGUGGUCAGUGGCAGCAGCCUUCUCCUAAGCAUGUCACUCUAAAUGCACUUCCUGCGCGCUUUCCAUCAAGGAGGAAUCCUGCCUUUCCACGAGCUACUUCUGGAGACUGCUCCACUCUCCUCUUGCCCUGCCAGUCCAGCCUGUUGCCGGGCUCACCAGGCUCUGUGCCCUAUCCCACUGCCAGCGAAGGACAACUCAGACCACUUCCAUCAUCCACUCUCUAGGGCACUUGCAGGGAUGCCGAGCCUUGGCCAGUGCCUUGUUCAGGAGGAGGUGUUACCAUACCAUAGACAGCAUCUUGUGGGUGUGACAUUGGAAGCAGGUUGGAAAUCUCAGCCACAGAGAACUGCAAUACUUUGAUCAGAAAGAAACGAUACUGCGAUCCAGCUCUGGCACCCCCAGCCCUCUUUCCCCAAAUCAAUUUAUGCAAGCCAUAUUCAUAACGCUGCCUGUGGGAGACAAGUCGUUUGUGUGCUAUCCUGGUGUGUUUUAUAAGGACAACAAUGAUGAUGAUGAUUUAUGGAGAAUUUCAUGCUGUUGGGAGUUAAUUCCUGCUAUGAAGCUAAAUGUCUGCUGCCCAUAUUCUGAAUAGUGGAAAGUCAAUGGUUCAGUGCCUCAGUGCGUGUGGAUUUAGUGUUAAUGACUCAGUCCUGUUAACUAACAAGCCAGCUGUAACUGUUGUUAAAUGCCCAACUUUUGAGGAUUCAUAUUUUUUUAAGCAACAAUAUUUAGUGUUGAAAACUAGCCUUUUAGUUUAGGCAAAAUGUGCUUUUUAGCAGCUAAUACCUUUUUUAAAAAAAAGCGUAUAGAGUGAAUUUAUGAAAAUUCAUGAGGACCAAAGCAAUUUUAAAACAGGAAUCUAUUAAUUUAGUAUUCACAUAGAAUUUUAUAAAGUAUUUAUUAAUAAAUGUUAUUUUAACACAUUCCAUUUGAACAGUAUUCUUGUACAGAAUCUGUUUGUUGUUUUUUUUUAAAGUUACAAUAUUAGUUUUGCAAUAAACUACUCUAGGUGUGUGUGCAUCUUAAUCUUUCAGGGUCUCAAGCAGAAGUCAUCCAUCUAAGAUGGAACAGUUUGCUGAGGUCAGUUGUACAGAAAUUCCUAGAAUUAAAUGUUUUCCUUAAAGCAGCAUCUGCUUUUUUUUUCUGUUUGUUUGUUUGGGGUUUUUUUUGUAACAAUGAAACAAAUUAUAAACCUUCAGUUGUUUCCUUUGCAUUGCAAAAUGUGCUUUCUCAUUUUAGAAAGCAUGAGUCAGCGUUUAACUGGAAAGCCUGUCUCUUUUUUUCUGCUUUUUUUUUUUUUUUUUUAGGGCUGAUUUUAUACAUCACCACAGAAGAUCUAACCCCAUCCUCAUUUCUUGUCUAAUAUCACACAGUGAGUUGCACUAUACUGCCUUAUCAUUGCCUCUUCAGUCCUCUUACAAAGCAGUGUUCCUUAGAUUUAGAUCAUCGAAGCUCCAUUAUACAUCAGAGAAAAUUCCUAGAGGGGGAAGAAGAGAAAAAAAUUGAUCUGUAGACAUAAAACCUAAACUGUGCCUAUAAAACAAAACCAGUUACAACUAAUUAGUAUCUUAUUUCUACAUUUCAAUUAUUUAUAUUCUUUUAAAAUUGCACUUUAGCUCUUGCUCUCUUUCUUGCUCUCCCUUGUUGAAUCAUUUAUAAAUACUCUUGUAAAAGUUUUGCACCAGAUACAUUUAUAUGCUUUCACUGGUGGCAUAGCUACAACUUGUCUCUCACACCUGCCCAAGCGAAGAAGCUGAGACCAGCCAGUCUGCAGUGUGACUUAGACUUUACACCCUCUUCAUGACAGCAUAUAAAUGUUUUAUUAUGCAAUGUGUGUGAUGUGAGGCAGCAUCUAAGCUACAUUUAUAAUCUCUCAUCCCAAGAACCAAAGUGUCCUGUAUAUCGUAAGGUCAGGAGACUGGCUCUGUUGUGCAUUGUGAGGCACUUUGACUGUUGUCCAACUCACAGUAGCUGCAAAGCUGCAGUGGUAACAGUGGCCAUAUUAUGUAUUAGAGUUCUGAAUCAAUAAAAUAUGUUGCCUUAUAACUUGACUAGGGACAGCACCUUUAAAAAGAAAAAAGAAGAAGAGACAAAAAACUUUUAAGAACAAAUAAAAGCAAUAAAAUCUCAAGCAAUUUGAACACCAAAAAAAAAGGUUCAAUUUUUCAACAUCUGAAACCAUCACCUUACUGCAUAGACAAAAGAGACUGUUUACAUCCAUAACCUCUUUUUGUUUUUUUUUUUUUCCAGAGCUUACAGUUAUCUCAGUUUUAUCAGUGGCUUUACACUUAAGAGCUAAAUUGCUCACCAUUAUUGGUUUUCCAUAGCUUUCAAAAUGACUUUAUAGCAAAUCCUAAACUGCAUGAGGCCAAAAAUGUCAGUGUUCACACACACUCAGAGACAAGAUUGAUUCUUUAAGUGGAAAUCUGAUCCUUUCCCAGGCUCUCCUUGGACUGGAAUCAAUAACUGCAACUCGUUAUAUUUAGACCAAUGUGUAAUACCUGGGAUUCAGGAUCUCCAGUUCUACAUUUAUGCAAGUUAAAUGUUAGUACUGCUGAGUUUCACGUGGUGGAACUGUUCACAAAGCUCAUGGUCAGAGCCUGCUAUCUGAUGCCGUGAGGGUCUUAGACCCAAAUAUCUAUCUUGACUGAAAAUCUGCAUGACAGCCUUCUGAAUGAAGACUGAAAGCUCCUUCCAGCUUUGCAGAAACUGCAGCAGUGUCCUGGGGUGAGGGAGGUAGGAGGAUUGAUUGGGCAUUUCAAGGGAAAUGCUUUCUUGGCUGGAAUCUAGGAAAUUUCAGAUAAAUAUUUUUCCCACCCCACUGAGAGCUGACAUUGCAAGGAGUUCCCUGACAGAGAUCACCUUUAGCAUGCUUCCACAAGACAAACUACUUUGCAUGAAAGGUGUAUUUGCUCUUCUGAGUAAGAACAACUGCCACUGAGAGUUUUGCCAAGGAUUUUAUCAUUGGGACCCAAGUGUUUCCCAGCCCAUGGCCGUGAGCUCUGUAUCCCUCUCUCUGUAGCAGCUCUCUUCAAGCACUGGGUAGCACUCAUCAGUGAACAUUGCUUCUUUGGACUAUUGCCAUUAUCCUGGUUUUAAGGAACUUUUAGCACUGCUUGGAGUAAGCCUAAACUAUCGAAGUUUAUAUAUAAAUAUAUAUAUAUAUAUAUAUAAUAUUAAAAAGGUGCUGUCACAGUAAGUUUUGGGCUUGAGGUUGUUUGUAUUGUAUGCAAAGGUUUUGUGUUUGUAUGUCUGUUUUAUCCUGUAAAGCAACCACCUUCCUUACUGGAGGGAGAUACUUUUUUUUGGUACAUAAAUGUAAAUACUUGCUGCAGCAUUUAAUAUGUUUAAUUUUAUGUUAAGCUUUUUGUUGCAUUGUGAAUCCAUUAUUGUUACAAAUGGACAAUGAGUUCAUUGAGACUGUUCAACUAGGUCAGAUUUUUACAUCUCUUUCUAGCUAGAAGAGAAAGGAUUUUUGUGCAUUUGUACAAAUGUUAAUAAUAUCACUGCAAUUCCAAUAUAAUAAAGCACUCAAA